UGGAAGUAAAUAGGUGGCAUAAUUCGAUUCAGGUAUUUAGUGACGUCUCUAGGCCAACCGGAAAUUCGUAGAGCCGUCUAUCUCGAUAUUUACGCCAGAACGGAGACGUCCGCGGGUUCCACCGUCUGGAGGAGAGUGAUCGACGGACAACUGUCAGUGGGAAGCCGAACCACUCGGAGAAAGGAGAAAUCGUUGACCGUCGAAUAUUUUCCUCCCUCCCCGCCAGAAGACGCGCUCCGCCUCGAUAACCGUCGAUUGCUGAUACCCGCUCCCAGCCCCGAACUGGGCGCAGAAGAUAUACCUCCGCUUUUCCAGGAUGGUGCCGACGACUAUUUGCUGGUGCCCGAAUCCUCUCUAGACGAAUCGGGAACCUCCUGCGACAAAAUUGGCGUUUCGUACGAAGCCUUCUACCGGCAGAAGAACAAAUGCCUGAAAGCCCGAGGAUCAUGUCUGAAGAAUCAACCGUUGGACCUGUGGACUCGAGACAGGGUGAGUAUUUUCGCUUAUCUUUCCAACCACCGCAAAUUCUAUGGUACCGACGGAAAUUCCGCAGGCCAAACUGCGCGCCGGACUGAAGGGCGAUUAUCUUCUGCGCUUCUACGCCCAACCUUCGCGCCGGCCCCUCCUGGUGGACGGAGCCCGCCGACGUCACUGGUUGGCCCUGGAAAUGUCUGGAAAUUCUUCCGCUCGUCUGCGUCUAGAGAUGAACGCCGCCAACGUCAGCGUCCUGUCUCCGGGCCGUCGGGCCCAAAUAUCGUUCGUCGUCACCAAAUACUUUGGAAGAGUGCCGAUUAUCGUCGCGCUGGUCACCAACACGGGUCUGGCUCCGGCCUCUUUCUCCGUAUCCGCGACUGACUGUUCGUCCCGUACCUCCAGCGUCUCGGUCUCUCCCCAAUCCUCCAGAAGCGUCGUCCUGGACCUUUCUCUCGACUCGGCCCGGAUCUCGGAAUUCUCUUGUUCGGUGGAAGUGAGGUCGGUCCGAAGUGGACGGACGGUGGCCUCCAGAGAAGCGCUCUUCCGAAGAGGACGUUACUGUUCUUGCUAUCAGUAUUGUCGAUGUUCGUGCGGUGACGACGGCUUUCGGUGUCGUUCCAUCUCCCAGAAAGCGUUCGCUUCUUCCGGUUUUCGGGGUUCGCUUCCGGUGACGGCUGGUCGUCCGACGCCCCACUUCGCUAUUAGACUGAGAAUGGCGUCGGCGGUAAUCGUCGUCUUCCUGGUUCUAGGAUUAGCCAAGGAAAUUGUUAGGCUGACCCUGUGGCCGGCAGCCGGACACUUCGGCAUAAAGAGCUGUCUAUUUGGCAGGAGGAAGAUCGCCCGUUACUGGGAACCGGAGCUAAGGGAAGCCAGAGUAGUGUUCGAAGACGGACAUCCCGUUCACCCGGACACGAGAGAACGGGUUCGAACGAUAAGCUACCAAGCGGAGUCGGCGCUGAACCUGCUCUUCUUCUUCGUUUGGCCAUUUCUAUUGUUGCAUUCCAUCUACGUUACGGUGGUGGGAUGGAGGAGGGACCGAAAAGCUUAUUCGGAGGAACGACCAGAAUACAGAGAGGAGAAACUCUAUUUACGCCAGAGAUUUUCGGACGGAGAAAAACUGGCCAAUUCUCUUUCCAUGCGUAGUUACGUGGAGGCCAAAGCGCGAGUGGAAAGAAUGGCGAAAGAACUUUCGACUUCCAUUCGAUAAUGGCUGGCUUAAGAGAAUAAAUCCGAGUUUUCGUUCCCUUUAAAAUUUUCUUGGCUCUUCCGUCAUUUGGCAACGUUAAAAUAUCGCAAAUGAAAAUAGAGAAGAAUUUUACGGUCACCUUACGUUGUUUACCACCCUGGCAUCUUAAUUACUAAUACAGGUAUACCUGGCCUUACGUCGGUAAUUGGUUCCGGGAGAGGCGACCUAAGUCGAAUCUACUCGUCGCUAGGCUAAACCGUAAAUUACCAUUCCCG